UCAGUGUUCGUUGUAGAAUGGUAUGCGACUGAACUAUUAACGUUAUCAUUAUGUAAUAUAGGUUAUGUUUUUUACUACAGCGUCUAUACGACCCAAGCCUACAGUUACUUACCGAUUGUAAAUAAUUCUCACAUAAGUUAUGCUCGCGUACAAGUUAAAGCUUUAACUCUGAAUCACUCGAUAAACCUUUUGCAAGUGUACUGUGGAUGAUUUGCGUUGCAUUUUACACAUGAUAAUCGUUCGUUUUAUUCGGCCCACUAGAAACAUUGCAGUGUAAUAUGCUGCGAGAGUUUGUGUGUUGGUUUUGAUUUGUACACGGAGCUGGUAUCAGUGAUAGUGCGAUAUACAAACGAACGCCUACAACAUGGCGCAGCCAGGUUACAUGGGUCCAAAUAGCUUUGGCGAAGAUGCCUACCCAGGCACCUUCGAUUUUACAGAGCAGAGUAUACGAAGAGGUUUUAUAAGAAAAGUAUAUUCGAUCCUGAUGUGUCAACUAAUGGUCACGAUGGGGGUCAUUGCACUUUUCGUCUUCCACGAACCAACAAAAGUCUUCGUCAGAAAUAAUUCGUAUCUAUUUUGGAUAGCGUUCAUCGUUUUAUUCGUGUGCCUGAUCGCCAUGGCGUGUUGCACGGAGGUGCGGCGGCAGACACCAGUGAACUUCAUCUUCCUAUUCAUAUUUACAUGCGCACAAAGCUUUCUACUAGGUGUCGCAUCUAGUGUCUACAAUACUUCUGAAGUAAUGAUAGCAGUCGGUAUAACAGCUGCUGUAUGUCUCGCUUUGACGCUCUUCGCUUUCCAAACAAAAUUCGACUUCACAGUAAUGGGUGGAGCUCUGGUCGCGGCAACUAUGAUCCUGCUUGUAUUCGGUAUUCUCGCGAUUAUAUUCAGAAGUAACGUAUUAAAUUUGGUGUACGCCGCCGUGGGUGCGCUGAUCUUCUCCUUAUACCUCGUGUAUGACACGCAGCUGAUGAUGGGAGGCAAGCACAAGUACAGCAUCUCACCAGAGGAAUACAUCUUCGCAGCUCUGAACCUCUACUUGGACAUCGUCAACAUUUUCCUCUUCAUUCUCACAAUUAUCGGAAUGACGAAAUAGUAUAUAUUAUUGUAUAUUUAACAAUAUUUGUAUGUAUAUCAUGACAUGAUAAUAUUAUUAAUCAAAUUAGCUUAAUGUUUAGUUAAUUUUACGCUAACGCAAUAAAUACACAGUGAAAACUA